GUCCUCUCCCUCGCCCCGCAGGGUUUCCCAGCCUGCUGCCUCCUGUCGUCCAUUUGUUGUUUGAUGUUUCCCACUCUUGAGGAAGGAUGGUUGAUCUGGAGAGCGAGGUGCCCCCUCUGCCUCCCAGGUACAGGUUUCGCGAUCUGCUGCUAGGGGACCAAGGAUGGCAGAACGACGACAGGGUACAAGUUGAAUUCUAUAUGAACGAAAACACAUUUAAAGAGAGAUUAAAGUUAUUUUUCAUUAAAAACCAGAGAUCAAGUCUAAGAAUACGCCUGUUCAAUUUUUCUCUCAAAUUAUUAAGCUGCUUAUUAUACAUAAUCCGAGUACUACUAGAAAACCCUUCACAAGGAAAUGAAUGGUCUCACAUAUUUUGGGUGAACAGAAGUCUACCUUUAUGGGGCUUACAGGUCUCAGUGGCGUUGAUAAGCCUAUUUGAAACACUACUUCUUGGGUAUCUCAGUUAUAAGGGAAACAUCUGGGAACAGAUUUUACGAAUACCCUUCAUCUUGGAAAUAAUUAAUGCGGUUCCCUUCAUUAUUUCCAUAUUCUGGCCUUCACUGAGGAAUCUAUUUGUUCCAGUCUUUCUAAACUGUUGGCUUGCCAAACAUGCCUUGGAAAAUAUGAUUAAUGAUCUACACAGAGCCAUUCAGCGUACACAGUCAGCAAUGUUUAAUCAAGUUUUGAUUUUGAUAUCUACAUUACUAUGCCUUAUCUUCACCUGCAUUUGUGGAAUCCAACAUCUGGAACGCAUAGGAAAGAAGCUAAAUCUCUUUGACUCCCUUUAUUUCUGCAUCGUGACAUUUUCCACUGUGGGCUUUGGUGAUGUUACUCCUGAAACAUGGUCCUCUAAGCUCUUUGUUGUUGCUAUGAUCUGUGUUGCUCUUGUGGUUCUACCGAUACAGUUUGAACAGUUGGCAUAUUUGUGGAUGGAGAGACAAAAGUCAGGUGGAAACUAUAGUCGACAUAGAGCACAGACUGAAAAGCACGUUGUUCUGUGUGUCAGUUCACUGAAGAUUGAUUUGCUCAUGGAUUUUUUAAAUGAAUUCUAUGCUCACCCAAGACUACAGGAUUAUUACGUGGUGAUUUUGUGUCCUACUGAAAUGGAUGUGCAAGUUCGAAGGGUACUACAGAUCCCAAUGUGGUCCCAAAGAGUCAUCUACCUUCAAGGUUCAGCCCUUAAAGAUCAGGAUCUAUUGAGAGCCAAGAUGGAUGAUGCUGAAGCCUGCUUUAUUCUGAGUAGCCGCUGUGAGGUGGAUAGAACAUCAUCUGAUCACCAAACUAUUUUGAGAGCAUGGGCUGUGAAAGAUUUUGCUCCUAAUUGCCCUUUGUAUGUCCAGAUACUAAAGCCUGAAAAUAAAUUUCAUAUCAAAUUUGCUGAUCAUGUUGUUUGUGAAGAAGAGUUUAAGUAUGCCAUGUUAGCUUUAAACUGUAUAUGCCCUGCGACAUCUACACUUAUCACACUACUGGUCCAUACUUCUCGAGGGCAGGAAGGCCAGCAAUCACCAGAACAAUGGCAGAAGACCUAUGGCAGGUGCUCUGGGAAUGAAGUGUACCACAUUGUUUUAGAAGAAAGCACAUUUUUUGCUGAAUAUGAAGGAAAAAGUUUUACGUAUGCCUCUUUCCAUGCCCACAAAAAGUUUGGUGUCUGCUUGAUCGGUGUUAGGAGGGAGGAUAAUAAAAACAUUUUGCUGAAUCCAGGCCCUCGGUAUAUUAUGAAUGCAACAGACAUAUGCUUUUACAUUAACAUAACCAAAGAAGAGAACUCAGCAUUUAAGAACCAAGACCAGCAGAGGAAAAGCAAUGUCCCAAGGUCAUUUUAUCAUGGACCUUCCAGAUUACCUGUACAUAGCAUAAUUGCCAGCAUGGGUACCGUGGCCAUAGAUUUACAAGAUACAAGUUGUAGAUCAGCAAGUGGUCCCACGCUGUCUCUUCCUGUAGAGGGAAGCAAAGAAAUAAGAAGACCUAGCAUUGCUCCUGUUUUAGAGGUGGCAGACACAUCAUCAAUUCAAACAUGUGAUCUUCUAAGUGACCAAUCAGAAGAUGAAACUGCACCAGAUGAAGAAAUUUCUUCAAACUUAGAGUAUGCUAAAGGUUACCCACCUUAUUCUCCAUAUAUAGGAAGUUCACCUACUUUUUGUCAUCUCCUUCAUGAAAAAGUGCCAUUUUGCUGCCUAAGAUUAGACAAGAGUUGCCAGCACAACUACUAUGAGGAUGCAAAAGCUUAUGGAUUCAAAAAUAAGCUAAUUAUAGUUGCAGCUGAAACAGCUGGAAAUGGAUUGUAUAAUUUUAUUGUUCCUCUCAGGGCAUAUUAUAGACCAAAGAAAGAACUUAAUCCCAUAGUACUGCUACUGGAUAAUCCGCCAGAUAUGCAUUUUCUGGAUGCAAUCUGUUGGUUUCCAAUGGUUUACUACAUGGUGGGCUCUAUUGACAACCUAGAUGAUUUGCUCAGGUGCGGAGUGACCUUCGCUGCCAACAUGGUGGUGGUGGACAAAGAAAGUACCAUGAGUGCUGAGGAAGACUACAUGGCCGAUGCCAAGACCAUCGUAAACGUGCAGACUCUCUUCAGGUUGUUCUCGAGUCUCAGCAUUAUCACAGAGCUUACUCACCCAGCAAACAUGAGAUUCAUGCAGUUCAGAGCCAAAGACUGUUAUUCUCUUGCUCUUUCAAAACUGGAAAAGAAAGAGCGAGAGAGAGGUUCCAAUUUAGCCUUCAUGUUUCGACUGCCUUUUGCUGCUGGGAGAGUGUUUAGCAUCAGCAUGCUGGACACGCUUCUGUACCAGUCAUUUGUGAAGGAUUAUAUGAUUUCUAUCACCAGACUUCUGUUGGGACUGGAUACAAUACCAGGAUCGGGGUUUCUCUGUUCUAUGAAAAUCACUGAGGAUGACUUGUGGAUCAGAACUUAUGCCAGACUUUAUCAGAAAUUGUGUUCUUCCACAGGAGAUGUUCCCAUUGGAAUCUACAGGACUGAAUCUCAGAAACUUACUACAUCUGAGUCUCAAAUAUCUAUCAGUGUGGAAGAGUGGGAAGAUACCAAAGACUCCAAAGAGCAAGGGCACCACCGCAGCAACCACCGCAACUCGACCUCCAGCGACCAGUCUGACCACCCCUUGCUGCGGAGAAAGAGCAUGCAGUGGGCCCGAAGGCUGAGCAGAAAAGGUCCAAAACACUCUGGUAAAACAGCUGAAAAAAUAACCCAGCAGCGACUGAACCUCUACAGGAGGUCAGAAAGACAAGAGCUUGCUGAACUUGUGAAAAAUAGAAUGAAACACUUGGGUCUUUCUACAGUGGGAUAUGAUGAAAUGAAUGAUCAUCAAAGCACCCUCUCCUACAUCCUGAUUAACCCAUCUCCUGAUACUAGGCUUGAGCUGAAUGACGUUGUAUACCUAAUCAGACCUGACCCACUGUCCUACCUUCCAAAUAGUGAACCUAGCCGAAAAAACAGCAUCUGCAACGCCACUGGUCAGGACUCUCGGGAGGAAACCCAACUUUGAUAUCAAGAAAAUAAGAGACUUUUUUUUAUUCCUAUGGGGAUCUUGCUUGAAAAACCUAAUGUGUUUCUGCCAUUGGAAGAAAGUAGAUUAGAAUAUAUUCAAUUCUGUCAUAUUUAAAAAGCAAAACUAUUCUCUUAGAGGUAUAGAUCAUUUUAAAACUUAAUGUACCAUUUACUGGUACUUCCCUUGUUAAUAUUGAAAAGACAUCACGGAAUUAUUCUGAAAACCUAAAUUACAAAAACAAAAAUUGAAAUCUGAUAUUUGAUGUUUGAGUAUGGUCUUAACUGUACAAAACCAGAAUUAGUAAGGCUUUAUGAAAGUAAAAAAAUCUAACUAUAUUUGGUACAUCACAAUACACAUAGAAUAUUGCUGUUCUUAUUAACACUUAAAUGUGUCAUGUUAUAUCCUUUAAACUUGCUAUUUUAUAAAACUGAGCUUAUCAUAAAUGCCUAGUCUUCCCUACAUAGGGAUUAACCAACAAAUUUAUAUGGCUGAAUUUUGUGUAAAAAAUAUAGUUUGCUUUAUAGUACGAAUCUUUAAGUUAUUUUAAACUUUUUCUGUCUGCCUUUUCAUUUGAUACCAUAUUCAUUUUAGAAUUUCAGAAGUUCAUAGCAUGUUUAAUAAACAAAAAAAUAUAUUCAGUACCUGAACUUUUUGAUAACUUAAUACUUAACACACUUUAUGCCACAAAAGUGUACUAAAAGUCAAAUAUCUAUUGUUCUCCUAAAGAAAAUUCCUAGCAUGGAGAAAAUACUUAAUGCAACUUGUUAAUUUUAAUAUAAGAAUUGAAACUUUAACUGGAUUUCUGAAAUAAUUUUCAUUUGACUCUUGAGU